GUUUCUUUAUGUCUGUAUGAUGAUGAUGCAAAUGCUCUCUUAUGAUGCUGUUAUAACGCACAGUUUAGCAACCGCUAAAGAUUGACAACGUGCUUUUUGAAAUUACGCUGACAUUGUAGGCUAACUUACUAGCUGUUAGCAUGGGACUGUUAUUAGCCAGCCUCGACUACGGUACUGUUUGUUAGCAUGAUGCUAACAGUUGUUAGCAUUAGCAUCUUGCAUUACCCAGCGCGUCAGUGUCAAUAAUCCAUUGAUAGUGGUGGGAUUGCAGCUAGCGUGUUGACGUUCCGUUCUAGCGGUUAAGUGUUUUCUGGUUUAAAAUCAUUUUUCAUGCAUUUGAACGGUGAACUCAACUUAAACAGGGUGUUUGGAAAGGGAACUUUAUUCGCCUCCUUAUAAUUGGGACUUUUCCUUUGAGCACGGAGGGGUCUCAGUGAAGGCUGAAAGAUGGUCUGAUGGACCGCCGCUUCUUCUUGACCUUCCUCUUCUGCUCAGUGUCGUGGAUCUUCUUCUGGGAAGUGCGUUGGAAGAAAGGCAAAGAAAGUCAGAUUGAGGAAUGGCUCCAAGGACAUAGCCUCUCUCAAUACAGGCACUUAUUUGAAGAUGUGCAGACACUGGAGGAACUGAGUCUGAGUGUACUGAGUCGUCUGGAAGAGGUGGUGAAGGAGCAGCAGCGCUGGAGGGAAAUUGCAGAGGCCCACAUCCAGCUGCUCCGAGACUUUGCCUUCCAGGAGUGGCUUUGCUCCCAGAACCUGGAGCAUUAUUACCAUACACUGAAGACCUUGGGUUGUGUGAAUCUAGAUGAUCUUUCCCAGUUUGACAGUACACUGCAGCUUUCUCUAGCUGCCUGGGGUUACUACUACGAGGACUACAUUAAGUUGUCUACAGGCAUUAAGAUCCUCCAGACCUCCAGGGGGAGUCGUGAUCAGGACUACGAGAUCCGGCUGGUACACAGCCUUGCUGAGAGGCGUCUGAAUGAGAAGUGGUCACUUGCGGGAGCGCUCAUAUUUGGCUGUACUGUGGCGCUGUGCUUCUUGAUAAGGGACCUCAUGUUUUACGUGAUUGGUGGAAUUACUGUUUCCAUCAUAGCUUUUGUCUUUACCAUCAAGUUCCUCUGUGAGCUUGCUGCGAGGGUGGUCAGCUUCCUGCAGAAUGAGGACCCAGGGCGACGCGGUGACCGCAGCAUCUACGACUAUGUCCGGGGAAACUACCUUGACCCACGUUCCUGUAAGGUGUCUUGGGAUUGGAAGGAACCACAGGAAGUGGGGCAGACGAUGAGCUUCAGAGUCCAGUUGUUCUAUAAGAAUGGGCAGCCUUUUCCAGCCCAUCGGCCAGUAGGAUUGAGGGUCAACAUCACCCACAUUGAACUGGCUCUGGACAUCCCUGUUACACAGGAGGUUCUGCAAGAACCAGAGUCCAAUGUGGUUAAGGUGGCCUUCACUGUGCGUAAAGCUGGCCGUUAUGAAGUUGCUGUCAAGCUGGGUGGCCUCAAUGUGGCUUACAGCCCUUACUACAAGAUAUUCCAGCCAGGUACAGUGGUUCCAUCCAAAACCAAGAUUGCAUACCAUUUCUCUACUCUGGUGCUAACAAAUGGCCAGCAGCACACUUUGCAGAUUGAGCCCAGGGAUGAGUAUGGAAAUCCCACCAGUAACUCCACAUCUCUCACAGAUGAGGCCAACUACAGCGUCCGCGUUCACUCUCUGGGUACAGUGGAUGAUGACAGUCUGGAGGAGUAUUGCAGUAAGUCUGUUUCACUCAACAAGCCACAGUGCCAGGUUCUACUCAGACUGACCCUGAGGAAGACGGGCUGUUUCAGGGCACGGAUCUCCUACAAGGACCAGCCACUCAGCAAUGGGGAGUUUGACAUUAUUGUUCUCAGUGAGAAUGAGAAGGCCUGCGUGGAGAAGAACGUGUCCACACCAGGCAUCAGUAUCUACUUUGAGGCAUACCUCUACAGCAGUGGGAACUACAGCAGCUCCUCAUGGCAGUUACCAGCCUCCUCUUUACUAGCUCCUCAGAGGAGGCCCUCAAUGGGUGAAGAGGAGGAUGACCAUGACUCUCCUGUGGAGGGACAACCUGAGAAGGUCAAGAAACCAAAAAAGGUCUAUUGUUACAUAUCGCCAAAGCAACUAUCCGUGAAGGAGUUCUACCUGAAAAUUAUUCCGUGGCGCCUUUUUACCUUUCGAGUCUGUCCAGGAACGAAGUUUACCUAUCACGGUCCCGACCCUGUUCACAAGUACUUAACUUUAUUGGUGGAUGAUGGGAUACAGCCCCCUGUGGAACUCAGCUGCAAAGACAGAAACAUCAUGGCUGCCACCUUCAUCCGUUUCCUGCACAAGAACAUUGGUGGCUCUGAAACGUUCCAAGAUAAGGUGAACUUCUUUCAACGUGAACUCAGGCACAUCCACUCCAAGAGACCUCGUACCAAGACCUGCCUAAAAAUCACCCGACACUCAAUUCUAGAUUCAUCCCUGAAGGCCACGAGGAACUUCUCCGUGUCAGACUGGAGUAAGAACUUUGAGGUUGUGUUUCAAGAUGAAGAAGCUCUGGACUGGGGAGGACCUCGCAGGGAGUGGUUUGAGCUGAUUUGUAAGACCCUGUUUGACACCUCCAACCAGCUCUUCACCCGCUUCAGUGAUAACAACCAGGGGCUUGUGCACCCAAAUGCUGAGCGGCCAUCUCACUUGCGUCUGAAGAUGUAUGAGUUUGCGGGCCGUGUUGUAGGGAAGUGCCUGUAUGAGUCUGCUUUAGGUGGAGCCUACAAGCAGCUGGUCCGAGCUCGCUUUACACGUUCCUUCUUGGCCCAGAUCAUUGGCCUCAGGAUGAACUACAAGUACUUCGAGACGGACGACCAGGAGUUCUAUAAAACUAAAGUCUGUUUCAUCCUAAACAAUGACGUGAGUGAAAUGGACCUGGUGUUUGCUGAGGAGAAGUACAGCAAGUCGGGACAGCUGGAGAAGGUGGUGGAGCUAAUAUCAGGGGGAGCUCAGAUUGCUGUUACCAAUGAAAACAAGAUGCAUUAUCUCAACCUGCUGGCCCAGUACAGACUGGCCAGCCAGGUGAGAGAUGAGGUGGAACACUUCCUGAAAGGUUUGAAUGAACUGGUUCCAGAAAAUCUGCUUGCCAUAUUUGAUGAGAAUGAGUUGGAGCUGUUGAUGUGUGGCACUGGUGAUAUAAACGUGCAGGACUUCAAGGCUCACGCAGUAAUCGUUGGAGGAUCAUGGCACUUCAGAGAGAAAGUGAUGAAGUGGUUCUGGGCAGUGGUGUCUAGUUUCACUCAAGAGGAGCUGGCUCGUCUGCUGCAGUUCACCACCGGAUCCUCCCAGCUUCCACCUGGAGGAUUCAACACCCUAUGCCCUUCCUUCCAGAUUAUUGCCGCCCCUACACACAGCACUUUGCCCACUGCACAUACCUGUUUUAACCAGCUGUGCCUCCCUACCUACGACUCCUAUGAGGAGCUGCACAAGAUGCUGAAGCUGGCCAUCAGUGAAGGCAGUGAAGGCUUCGGCAUGCUCUGACUCCUCCCUCCAUCACUGGCACUGUGGUUCCACCAACAUGGGAAACUGGUUCCCUCAAUUCACUUGCAUUUAACUGUGGGAUUUGUGGCAGAGAUUCACACAGACUCUAUAUAAACACUCUCUCAGGAUGAGAGGAAGUCCCCAAAGGCUGCUCUGGAAUCGGGACUUAAUCUUAUGAACUCUAGUGCUAUUUAUUGUAUGUAUAUAAACACCUUGCUUUAGUAAAAAUGAAAUUACAAAUGGUUAAAACGGUGAGGUUUGGGCUAAUUUUAUUUCUUAUGGCUAAAAGUUUCCUUAGUUUUAUAUGUUUGACAGACAAGUUAUGCUAGAGCAAAGGCCUUGAGUAUUACCAUAUUACUGCUUCUUUUGCAUUUUGCAAACUAAGGAACACUUAAGUGCAACAGCAGCCUACAGGUGAUGUGGGUGACACGUGCGUCUGCAUCCCUUUGGCCUUAAACGAUCAGGGACUGAUGUGUGUAUGUAAAUAAAUAAUAUCACUUUUAUUUCGAUACCUGUACAUACUAGGGUGUAUAAAUAGGUUUUCAUGGUGUUAUGUUUUGAUUUGACAUUUAAGGAGAAGGGAUUCUAAUUUCUUUAUUGCUGCCCGUUUGAUUGGUUGAGACUUUAUAUAAUUUCUGGAAACUUUUUUUUUUUUGUCUGUUAAAGAUGGGUUUUAAAAAGAAGCCAAGCAAUUUCUAUUGUUUGUAUAUGUUUGUAAUUUAUUGUGUCUUGGAGGAAAAUUUGUGUUGACCCAUAUGUUUGUCUGGAACUGUAAAUGUUUUUAUGUUUUAUAACCUGCCUUAUUCAUAACCUCUGCCUCUGAUUGUAUCCAGAGAGGUGCAAAGGUGAGCGAAGCCUAGCUGACAAUAAUAGGUAAUAGAAAUAUUAUCACAUUUGUAUGCAUACUAGUACACAUGGCAGUCUACAUGGAUGUGAGUGUUAGAUGUUGAGGAGAGCCCAUAUAUAACAAAAUUUCAGUUUUGUUAUAUAUGCUGUAUACUUUUUACUUUUCAUUCACAGCCUUUUAUGGGUUUACCUCAGAAUCUCCAAUGCCACCUAUGCAUCCUCUGACACAGACGUAUAUGUGUUCAUGCAAAUGUAUGGAAAAACAUAACACGUACACCUGUUUAUAGUUGCCUCCGUCGAGCUCUGACUACAUCCUUAGCCAUAUCGUUCCACACCCUCAGUAUAUGAUCACUGGAGAAAAUUCCAAAUUAGCUUUUCUUUAUAACGGUGUAAAAUUGUAUUUAUUAAUGCUGUUAGUGUUGUUAAUAUACUGAGCCAACAGAUUUUUUUUCUGAUCAUAAAUGUGUAGCAGUUCCUUUGCUGUUUGAGUUUACAUGUUCAUUAGCCAUUGGUUUUAGUGUUUGCUGCCAGUCUGGGUGUUCAGAAGGAAAAGGAAAAUGUUUUAUGUUUUGACAUGACUGUGUUUCCAAUAGAGAACUCUUAAUCCAGUUCCAUUUCUCACAUCAUUCUCACUUUUGACAGUCACAGCUGAACUGGAGAUUUAACCAUCAAAUGGCAAAGAUGUCACAUUUUCACUGAUGGUUUGAUUUCAAUUGUUGUGGCUUAUCAGUGCAUAUGCUUCUACUUAAGCUGGCCUUGAAAAGUGUUACAAGGGUGAAUGGGUUUGUUUGUUUGGGUUGUGCAAUGUUGACCUGAUGCCCUGAGAGCUAGAGAUGAGAGAAUGUUUAAAGUGCUUAUAAAAACGUCUCAUGAAAGGUGUCAGCACGAAUUCCAAUGACUGAUGUCAUAUUUAUCCGAAGGAACAGUAGCUGAAAUAUUCCAUACUUUAGUCUCAUAAGAUUACCAUGAUUAGAGAAUGUAAAAGACUGUCCUUAGUUUUACAUAUUGUUUCAUGUUUUUCAUGAGCAUCUACUUUGUUCUACUUGUUUUAUGUUGGAAUGUUUCUGAAUUAGAUGGAUCUUUUAGCAAUGUAGAUAUUGUGAAAUAUUUGCUGAUGACUUUGAAGCUGGGGUACUUUUUCCUUCUUUUUUUAAAAAAAAUGGCAAGCCUCUGCUGAUGAUGAAUGUUUUAGAUUCUCUGCGCUGCAGGUCCUUUGUUUAUGGGAAUAAAAAAUGAUGGACUAAA